CGCCCAGGCACAUAAAAGAGCUUCAAGUCCUUGUCUCUGGCGCCUACGGAGGGGGACAAUGUACUGCCUGCGCCUCGCUAAGACUUAGGUACACAGCACAGCUGGAAUCGCCGCCAUAAUGCUCACGAUGAUCAUUGUCAUUGUUAGGAGGUAUUGUUAUUUCAUCUUGGGCAGAUCAAGUUCAGCUUCGAGCGUCAGAGUCCAGGCAAAGGCGGGGGCGGGGACGUGGCUGAUCUGAUAGACAUUGAUUGACCGCCACUGGCAGCGAUGGGCGAAAGUAGGGCUGAAGCUGAACUUGACUGAUGGCCCCGAUUGACUGUCUGUCGUCUCCCGCCGCAUCCAGAUCCAUGAGGGCGCUUCAUGUCGCCGCCUCCCUCCCCCAGGGUGUCUCAGGCACCAGGGGUCUCAUCCCUCAUUUAACCCUCCUCGCCUCCGUCGUUAUUCUAUCUCUUUACUCUUUGUUGUCUUCCUUGUCUUCCAGUACCUAGCUUUGGCCGACUUGACUUUUUCGCAGCUCUCAUGUUGUGAUCAAAACGUGGCUGACAGACAGAUCAUACAACCACGGCAAUGGACAUCCUCAGUCUGCCCCAGGAAAUACUGAGCCACAUCCUAUCAUAUCUCCAUCCUGAAUCCAUCGUGAAGUUUGGGCUGUCCUGCAAAGAUGCCCACGAAUUUAUCAGCCCGCGCAAUCAGAUUUUGUGGAGGGCGGCGUUCAUACAAAUUUUCGACGACCCGUACGAUGCGUGGUCGGCAAUGCCUCGACGGAAAAGGGUCCGCAAGGGCGACCGCAUCGAGUGGGAUUGGCUCCAAGAACUGCAGAAGAGACUACGGGCGCUGUGGAUCAUCAGGUCUCGAUGGCGGAUCGCCGCAGAGCAGGCUCGUCUGAGCGAUCAUCUCGACGCCAUCCUCUCCAUUAUCGACACAGCCAAGUUCGCCCCGACGGCAUGCGAGAUCGCAAAUGGCAUUGUCCCGGCCCAAGAUGACAGACAUCUGUCGCUGAACUUACAGAUCCUGACCGACGUGGAUCGAUACCAAGAUGGAUUGGAGCGUCUGAUCCAUGACUCUGAGAAUCCCACCAUGGUGGACUUCACUGUCCCGGACGACAUCACCGCUCGGAAUCCUAGGAUCCUCCCACUUUGGCGAUCAAUGGGGAGGAACUGGAACGGCGGUAUCCAGGCAAGCCGGCCGGAAUCCGCCUGUCGACUCCACGUCCUAUAUGGUAUUACGGAAAGAGAACGCAUCAAGGAGACUAAUUGCGGUAACGCUCGUCGCAGAGUGUACGACACCAGUCGGUACCGUCCCGACAAUGACUACGGGCCCCUAAAGCGAGACGGGAGCGGACAAGUCGACUGGUAUGUGCUAGAAGGCGUGUUCACCCUCAUCGCUCGCAAUUUCGAGAUUGCCGCCAGGGGUACCCUCUCCAUGGCUCAGGGCUUGAGCUUCUCCAUCCCACAUCGCUCCCUGCCCGUUCGGAAUGCCCCUGCAGACUGGGCAAGGGUCACCGGCACCUGGCUAGGCAUAUCAUCAUACUACAAUCAUGGCGAAGUCGUAAGAUUCAAUAUGUUCCUGAAUGGCCAGCUGGACACUGGGCCCAACCUGGUGGAAGAACCUGAGCGCAGUGAAGGUUUGGUCAAGCUCGAGCUCAAGCUGGACGACAGGAUGUCUGCUGACCCACAAUUGCGCACCUCUCUUCCAAUAUGUACCGAUCUGCCCCCAUUGUUCUUCUCGGGUAUGUCUCGAUCAUAUAGACCCAAUCAACGCCCGGGGCGUCAUGUUCGAGGCAGGGUCUGUCUUGCCCCGGGAGGGAGAGAGGUCCGAUGGCGCUACAUUAUCAACUAUGAUGGAAAAGAUCAGUGGCUCCUUGAAGGCGUCCAACCAGGUGGUGUCAGAUCAGGAGGAAUCUAUGGAGUGUGGACACAGUGUGAUGAUUCCCCCAAUGAGGGUGGCACAGUCGGUCCAUUCUGUUACUUUCCAUCUGAUUUGUGCACGUCGACAAGCCUGGUUCUGGCGAGUUGAAAAUUUGCGCUCAGUCAAGUCGCAUCAAGCCGAGAACGCUUCAGGGAACCACGGCAGAGUCAAUGACCACAGUGAAAACCCCUCUCAGAAAGCGUGACGACGGCAACACCACCUGUAACACAACAUCAGGUGUUAAGCCUCCUGGUCCCGAGACUCUCAUGCGUGGAAUGGCCAUGAUGACCGUACUAUCGUACACCAUCGUCCGUCUCCUGCAAAGCAGACCUUUGAGCAAGCACAUCGAGCCUGCAGAGAUAUAUGGCAGAGUCAGCGGCAAUUCGUUCGCAAGGAUCCUCGGCACGUCUCACCCAGUGCAGAGACUGUCUAAGCUACAGUAUGAACAGAAGAUGGAGAGUCCCCUUUCACCUUGGCACUGACCAUGUUCCCCGGGAUGGCAUCUGGUUAAAAUUGUAGUAAACACGGUGAUUGGUUGCCAUUGGCAGGCUGAUCAUGCCGAUGGUACCAGAAAAAGUUUUGGAAGAUGACUUGCGGAGACGGUGAUCACAGAGAUUCUUGGAGUCAGGGUUCAGGAGCCAGUAGGGACCAGCCUGUCCAGAAGACUGAAUUUGGACGUACUGUAUGAUGGCUGCCCUGGCAUACCUUUUGCUUGUGCACAUAAAGGGGAGAGGAUACACACGCGAUUUUUCAGACUUAUCAUCAUUUCAUCAAUUGACUCAACUUGCGAUGUAACUUCACGUACACUUUCUCCCAACACCCAAAAUCCACGGCAACAUAAGCUGGGUUCAUAAUGCCGUGUGCAUUUCCCUCGAAGCAACCCAACCCCACCUGUGCUCCUCCUGCCUGCCUGCUCUUGAGAGUCUUCCUUGAUCACGAUUAAAGCCUCCUCUCAAAGACGUCGAGAUAAUGGCUCAUGGCAUCAUCUUCACAGACAUAGAGAAUUGGGAAACAAGUCAGUCAAUCAGAUCAGAGCGACCGAGGUACAAUAGAAUAAUUGGUCCCUUCAUAAAUAAGAUCCGUUCCCAUGGCUUCCGGCAAUGCCUACCAGCACCAGCAGAUGAAAUAGGUCAGCAAUGAUCCAUGAUAACAGGGUGCACGUUGUACGGCAGUGGUUUGGUUUGGUUGAUCGCUUCUCACAUGCCAAACCAACGAAAAAAGCAAGAUAUUUUGAAACUUGACAGAUUUGAUUUUAGUACAUACCGCAUCAUCUCCCGCUGUGACGAGCCAUUCCUUAAUCGCCUCGGCGUCGGUACUGACGUUCUUCAACAACUUCGGCACCAUUUCGAUGCUAGCAGCCAGAGUCUCGUCGCUGUCCCGGCUCAGUUGGACCAAGGCGGUCAUGGCCUCUCGGUACGCGGCAUCCGCGGCGGUCAGUUGGUUGAGAUUGGUCAGGGCGGUCUUUUUGUCUCUUUCGAUUUCUGCGCGCCGGAGUUGGCAUACAGCUCAGCUGAGAAUCUGGUAGAGACUCCAACCUCCAACCCAAAACGUAACAUCGAGGUACGGCUGGAUACGUCCCAGGCGUCAAGCAAAAACCAACUUUUGUCCACAGUUGCAACUUGCAAGACUUCUCAUUUCAGUGUGGAACAACGCUGCAUGGUACGAAGCAAAAGUACCCACUGGGAGUAGCUAGUAAACAACUGUAGGCCGCUGCAUUUGAACGCAAAUCGCUCACGCACAGUGUCACUCAUCCACAGUGUCACUCACCUUCGAUCUGAGCAGCAAGGACGGCGGCAUAUACACCCAGCCCUGCCGUCGCAAGUAAUCCGCUGGCCUGUGGCAAAUGGUAGACACAAAAUAUCAGCGAUGAAC